AUGUUUGAAUCGACACAAAGCGACUGUGGGGAAGUCCAAGAUUUCGAGGUUGGUGCAUUGCGCGUUGACGUUGGGGUUGUUGGCAAGAAUAGUGGAGACCGGAAUGCCCAGCUUAAGACCGAUAUCGAAGCAGUUGUCACCGUCCGCGACGACGACGAGGUCCGUGCAGUCCUGGCCAACGAGCCCAAGGCAGAGCGACUGGUUAAGCAGGAGAAAGUGUCACUAACUUUUGAAACAGAUUUUCAGAGGAAUAUGUACUUCUCCAGGAAUUAA